CACUACUAUAAUAUAAUCUCUAUAAAUACUUAAUCUCUACAACACAAGCAAACAGGUAAUACAAUCGGCGAACUGUGAAUUCACGGGAUAAGCUAUUUCUCCUUCUCAACCCGAAUCCAUGAAGCUUUGUUAAAAGGGAUGAAAAAUGAAGUUUUCAGGGUAUUCAAUUUCAGUUUCAUUUUCUCCUUUAAGUUCAAAUUUCAUCACAAGAAAUAGUUGUAGUCGUAGAUUACCGGUGAGUUUUUCUCGAAGAAGCCGGAGAAAUUUAUGCAGUUCAAGAGUGUUUUCUGUGAAACAACAAUCAUAUCAUAAACAUGGGGUGCUUGGUAAACAAUAUCUUCCUCCUUGGUUUAGUGUUGCUCCAAUGAUGGACUGGACAGACAAUCAUUAUAGGACUCUAGCACGCCUCAUUUCAAAGCAUGCUUGGCUGUAUACCGAGAUGCUUGCAGCAGAAACAAUUGUUCAUCAAAAGGAUAAUCUGGACAGAUUCUUGGCAUAUUCUCCGGAGCAACAUCCCAUCGUGCUUCAAAUUGGAGGGAGUAAUAUUGAAAGUUUAGCAAAAGCAACUGAACUCGCAAAUGCUUAUUGCUAUGAUGAGAUCAAUUUAAACUGUGGAUGCCCAAGUCCAAGAGUAGCUGGACAUGGGUCCUUUGGCGUAAGUCUUAUGCUUGAUCCGAAGUUUGUUGCGGAGGCAAUGUCAGCAAUUGCCGCAAAUACAAAUGUACCUGUCAGUGUCAAAUGUCGAAUUGGUGUGGACGAUCGUGAUUCUUACGAUGAACUUUGUGAAUUCAUAUCCACGGUUUCUUCUUUAUCACCCACUAAGCAUUUCAUAAUCCAUUCAAGGAAGGCACUUCUCAAUGGCAUCAGCCCAGCUGAAAAUAGAAGUAUUCCUCCGCUAAAAUAUGAGUACUUUUACGGCCUUUUACGCGACUUUCCAGAUUUAACGUUUACAAUAAAUGGAGGUAUUACCAGUGUUGAUGAGGUCAAUGCAGCACGAGAUGCUGGGGCUCAUGGUGUUAUGAUUGGACGUGCAGCGUUUUAUAACCCUUGGCAUAUAUUGGGACAUGUUGAUACUGCAAUUUAUGGUGCACCAAGCUGUGGUCUUACACGUCGUCAGGUUCUUGAAAAAUAUAUAGUCUAUGGGGACUCGGAGUUGGGAAAAUAUGGACAUAGACCGACUGUGCGAGACAUUGUGAAGCCUUUACUCAAUCUUUUCCAUUCGGCGCCUGGGAAUGGACAGUGGAAGCGCAAUGCGGAUGCUGCUUUUCGAAAUUGCACGACGAUAAAGUCAUUUUUCGAAGAAACCAUUGACGCAAUUCCUGACUCGGUGUUGGAUUCACCUGUUUCGGAACCACCUCUUGGCCGCACAGAUCUUUUUGCUAAUAUAGACAGUUUACUGCCUCCGCGAUACGAAACAAGAGAAGAGGUUGUUAUAUGCGCGUAGGUUCCGCACUCUGAGAAACCAAGUUUUCGUCAUUACCAUUUUUUGUGUGAAUUGAAGUGAUAGAACUCGCAUAACAGCUCACAUUCAUACAACAAAAAACCAUUAGUUAUAUUUUGUAAGCUAUUGACUUUGAAAUGUAAUCUAUUCAAUUCAAUUCAAUGUAGAAGCUAAAGCAAAACACAGUGGAUUGGAUUGCAA